AUGAAGAGUCCAUGCGCUUCUGUGGUGGAGGCCUAUGCUCCGACCGCGAGCUUGGCCACGGGCUUGUCUUUCUCGCCACAAGUUCAGGUCCCAGGAGGAGUCCCAGCAGUCACCACGGCCGGGUUGCUACAAGCUUUGGUGCCAAAGCGAGGCGCGCCAGGCCCGGCCAGAGGGCCUGUGCCGGCAGGAGUUCCCAAGCAGCAGCUGGAGGCAAUGGCCAAGCGCUUGGCCGUGGAGGCACAGGUGUCUCUGGCCCGUACACCUGCGAACAAGAAUGGCCGUCCUCCGAUCCGCCCGUGCCCGGCACCAGCUCCGGCUUCGAGCGGGCCCAGCGCCGUGGCAACCGCCUCGCCGAGUGUUUCCGGGAGUUUGAGCCACGCCACCACGCCUUCCUGGCGCUCCAGGCCGAGCCAGGCCACACCAUCUGCAGCCAGCCAAGGAACAUCGGAGAUGGCUUGCAAGCCUGCAAUGAUGGCAGAGUCCAUAAGGCCACGGCUGUCGCCGUUGCUCGAAGCUCGCUGGACCGUCGUUGAGGAGCAGCGUUACCGGGGAGUCCCACAGAGCGAGUUGGAUCGGCUGGAUCGGAUUGAUCCUGAGGUCGACGAGGCGAACGCCAUGCUGGUGGAAUCUUUCCUCAACGUGAAGCGCUCCCUUGGGGCGGAGGCUCUGUCCGACUCACGCAGAGAGCCCUCACGGUCAAGUGCCUCGCGUCUUCCUGUGCCUCCGCACGGCAGUGACAGUGGACUCCAAAACGCAGGCUACCAGGUUCUGUGCAGCCUAUCUCCAGCUCCUCCACUGUGCGAUCCACUUGACAGCGCUUACUCAUGUAGCACAGGUUGGCAGGAUGUUUCACCAGAAGUGCGAGUUGCCGAAUUUGGUGACUGCUUGCCAGAGCAGCAGCGUAUACAUGAGGCCGUGAGAGCUCGGUGUUUCAACGGCUUGCCGUGUUCAGCGAUGGCAAGGGGCUGCGCCGCGCCGGAGCUCCAUGAGCAGACGCCGCCGGAGGAGGUGUGCUGA